GCGACGGGGAGAGUCGCCCGCGGCCCCGCAUCCCGCCCGUGAAAGUCAACAAAAGGCGAGGCGGCGCAAACCCCGCGCCGACCCGGAGCCUCCAGCGCCACUUUCUGCUCCGGUGACCGAUCAAGUUACCGUGUAAACCCGCUCAGGAUGAACCUCUUCUCUUCCAUAUUUAGCUAUUUGCUACUGCACUUGUUUGCUUUCUGCUUGCAGGCACAGGUAACUGUUCAGUCCCCACCUAAUUUUACACAGCAUGUGAGGGAGCAGAGCCUGGUGACCGACCAGCUAAGCCGCCGCCUCGUCCGCACCUAUCAGCUGUACAGUCGGACCAGUGGGAAGCACGUGCAAAUUCUGGACAACAAGAAAAUCAAUGCCAUGGCAGAGGAUGGAGAUGCACACGCCAAACUCAUUGUGGAGACCGACACUUUCGGGAGCCGGGUAAGGAUCAAGGGGGCUGAAACUGGCUUCUAUAUCUGCAUGAACAAGAAAGGAAAGCUGAUUGGCAAGAGCAAUGGCAAAGGCAAGGACUGUGUCUUUACAGAAAUUGUGUUAGAGAACAACUACACAGCAUUGCAGAAUGCCAAGUAUGAAGGAUGGUACAUGGCCUUCACUCGAAAGGGGCGCCCCCGCAAGGGGUCCAAGACCCGUCAGCAUCAACGCGAGGUGCACUUCAUGAAGAGGCUGCCCAAGGGCCACCAAACGACAGAGCCUCACAGACGCUUUGAAUUUCUCAAUUACCCUUUCAACCGGAGGAGUAAAAGGACUCGGAACUCUAGCCCUAAACCAACCCCUUGACCUGCCUGCCCGCUCCCUACUAGUGCCACUCCUGCCCUCCUUUCCCUUCCUUGGAGGACGGUGUGUAGAGACUUAAAUGAUGGACAAUGACUAGAGACUUACCUGUGAUAAUUAAAAGGGGAAUGGAAGAAGAGGAGGGGAAGGAAAAGAAACUUGACCUAGUUGUUUAUAAUUGUUUGUUCUGUGUUUUUUAAAAAACAUAAAAGAGGCUCUAUUUUUGUAUUCCAACGUUAUUGCUUUUUAAAAAAUAAGCAAUGUAAUGUUCAAUGACUCGUGGAGGGAUGCUCUUCACUUAGAAAUAUUUUGAGUCCAUUGGGAGGGGGGGAUAUGUUAUGUUUUUAAUAGAAUGCUUUUAAUAGGGGGAGGGGGUGGGUAGGAGGUAGUUGACCUAGGGUUAAAAAUAGACUGUGCCCUCUCCAAAUGUAUAAAUCAAUUUGGGACCAAGUGUCUACCUCAGAUAAAACAAAUAAAUUAAUGGAACUCCUCUUUAUUUCUGUGGAUCUCUUCCCAAUAUUUUCAGACUUCAAAGUUGGUUGAAAUUGGAUUUGUUCAAGUCCUUUUGAAACCAAUGAGACUUCUAGGCACUCACUAGUUGCAAUUUGCAGGUAUUGUUUCCAUUUGGGAUUAAGAGAGAAGAAAGAAUGACUACCACUAUCAAGGUGGUACUACAGCAUGGAAACAUUAAAUUUUGCCACCCUAACAUAGAAACAUAUAGUCAGCCAUUGCUGGCUGUGGAGUUCUGGGAGUUUAAUUCUAAAAGUAACGUUUCCAAGCACUGGGUGGUACUAAGAUGAGGGCCAUUAGUUUUGAUUUGUUUUUCCUAUCAAAG